AGCCGGUCCCCCUGCUCCUGCUCCUCUCCUCGGUCCUCCUCUCAUCACACCUCCGCCCCGCCGCGCAGACCGCGCAUCCUCCCCGGCUGGCUGGAUGGCAGCGGCCGCCUCCAGACGCAGCAACUGGACGAAGUGCUCCUCAGAGCGGCCGCCGCCGGGGACAGCACCGCCGCGGAGCUACUGGGCGACAACAUCCUGAGGUUCCUCCAGAGGAGGGACCCGGACCACCUCCACCUGCUGCCGGCAGAGGAGGAGAGCGAGGACGAGGCGGCGGUGAGGACGGCGGCGCAGCUGCUGAAACGGAGCGAAGAGCCGCCGCUGUCCAUCGACCUGACCUUCCACCUGCUGAGGAAUAUGAUCCAGAUGGCCAAGAUGGAGAGCCAGAGGGAGCAGGCGCAGCUCAACCGCAAAGUGCUCGACGAGGUCGGGAAGUAAAGCUCUAUUUUUUUUAAACGCCUCAUUAAAAACAGCUCAACCGCUGUCUCAGUAUUCAAGACCUCUGACAUUAGUUUCUGUUCGUGCGCCUGCCUUCCUCUCAGCAUCGUUUUACGCACAGAUGGUGCCAAAUUACGCACCACAGCAUCCGCGAGUAAAAUGUAAAUCCUUAAGUGUUAUUUAAAGACUCUGUUGGAAAAUAUGGAAACGAACCAUCCACCCGCCUCACCCCCCUCCCUCACCCUUCAAACACACCGUCCCCGUCCUGUGGGGGACAAAAGGGAGACCGUCAGGCACCACUGGAAUUCACACCAAGUGUGGUUUCACUUCUCGGUGUGUUGGACAGUUUAAGGAAAUCAACAUUUGUGUAAACACUUAAGUACAAAAUAAGUGUGUGUAUUGGUUCAUGUGAGUGUUUGAAGUGUCACCAAACCCACUAACAAGUCAUUUACAUAUUUUAAUGAAGCACUCAGUCAAAUCAGACUUUAUUAUUAUACUUUAUUAACCUGCUCCUCAGCAGCCCGGGCGACCCCACAGUUCACGCUGCAGGUUUUAAUUAGAGCUCAUGAUAUUUACUGUUUUGUGGCCUCAGUAAACAAAUAAUUCAGAAUAAUAACAGGUGUGUUAUGGAUCCUGUAACCGCCAAAUGACUGAACUGGUUCAGACGCACGAAUUAAACAAGACUAAGCUCUGACUUUUAAUUGAUCUCGCACUGAUUCAAACUGCUCCUGAUUAGUUUAGAAAAACUACAACAGAGUUUGUCUCCUGAAUCACAUGUGCACAGAGCUGCAGAAAACACCUCGAUGUGUUUGAAGCCUGAAGUUAAGUUUCUGAGGAGAACUAGAAAACUACACUUGUUAAUUACAACAAAGACACUCAGUCAGUGUCAGUGUCUCCAGCCACCACGAGCCCAAGAUCUGAUCCGAUCUUUAAUCCAGUUCAUUUCUGCGUCUCUUUCUUUUUAAAUCCACUCGGUCAAACUUGACAGAUGGAUUUGGAUCAGCUUCAACACGGAGCUGAGGCUGAAGGAAAGACAAAGAACACACACACACACACACACUCACACACACCCCAUCAGCUCUCACCUUCCCUCCGUCCUCUUUCUGUCCUUUAUUUUGAGCGGGAGCACUAUCACCUGUACUGUAUCGACUGUAGCAUGCUAACCUACGACGAAAAAAGGAACAAAAAAAGCUUUAUUUUACUGUAAACAUUCACGUCUGACACUGAUCACAUUGUCUUUGUUUUAGCAAAUGGAAACAAAAACAGCUUUUUGCCAUUUAUAUUUUGUAAUAAAAAAGUUCGAAGUAAAAAUAAUUGCUUUUGA